UUGACUGCAAUAGAGAGAUUGGAGUCAAAAGUCUUGACAGUCGUAUCUCUAAGUAUUUGCAUGCUACUCGCGGGGGACGAGAAACGAGUGUCUAGCACCAUGAGAGCACCGUGAAGACAAAAUGCUCCACUCAAACCCAUUCCUCCUCCAAAGCCAUGCUCCGACGAUUUCUUUCUCCCCGAUUCUUCUCCUCCCUCGCCUUCCCUUCUCCAUCUCCCAUCAAAGAGAGCACCCAUCUCACUCCACUCCCUCGUCUCCUCUACCUCCUAAACCACUCAUCCACCUUCGAACACAUGGCCCAGAUUCACAGCUUCAUGGUCUCCCGAGGCCUUGACGGCGACAACCUCCUCCUCGGCAAGUUCAUCCACGCUUGCUCUCUCCUGGGCUUUAAAGACUACGCCUUCUCCGUCUUCGGACGCAAAGACCAACCCGAUAUCUAUCUCUAUAACACCAUGAUCCGAAGCCUCUCUCGAACUGAUUCAGCUUUAGAUGCCAUUUCUCUCUUCAACAGAAUUCAAUCCGUCGGUCUUCGACCCGAUACUUAUUCCUUCCCUUUCGUACUAAAGGGGGUUGCUCAACUGACCAUGCUUGAAUUGGGCCAAGGGAUUCACAGCCAAAUUAUCCGAGUUGGGCUGGGUUGUGAUGUUCAUAUCUCCACCGCUCUUAUUCACAUGUACUCAGCUUGCGAAGAUAUCGAGGAUGCCCGGCUUCUGUUUGAUGAAAUUCGUCACAGAGAUGUUGUAUCAUGGAAUGCAAUGGUUGCGGGAUAUGUCAAGGUUGGGGAUAUGGACAAUGCGCACGCCCUUUUUGAACGGAUGCCCGAAAGGAAUGUGAUCUCGUGGACGACGAUGAUCGCCGGCUACGCUCAGAUGAGCCACCCGGGUGAGGCAAUUGCUAUUUUUCGGCGGAUGCAGCUGGAGGACAGCGUUGAGCCAGAUGAGGUCGCACUGUUGGGAGUUCUUUCAGCUUGUGCUCAGUUGGGUGCAUUGGAUCUGGGAGAAUGGAUCCAUGGUUAUGUUGACAAGCAUAAGUUAUAUAAGACUGUUCCAUUAAUGAAUGCAUUAAUAGACAUGUACGCAAAGUCUGGCAACAUAGAGAAAGCAUUGGAGCUCUUUGAGAAUAUGAAGCACAAGAGCGUCGUAACUUGGACCACGAUGAUUGCUGGGUUUGCUCUGCAUGGGCUUGGAAAUGAAGCGCUCAACAUGCUUGAUCGAAUGGAGGGGGAGAAUGUCAAGCCGAAUGAUGUUACUUUUCUAGCCAUCCUAUCCGCUUGUAGCCAUGCUGGGCAAGCUGAUAUGGGUCAGUGGUAUUUUCACCGCAUGCGUUCAUGGUACAACAUCAGACCUAGGAUUGAGCACUAUGGAUGUAUGGUUGAUCUACUUGGUCGGGCAGGCUUUCUAGGAGAGGCAUGUGAUCUAGUAGGAGAUAUGCCAUUUGACGCAAAUGGAGCCAUAUGGGGAGCUCUUCUAGCUGCUGCUAGGAUCCAUGAUGAUGUUGAGCUAGGAGAGCAAGCCUUGAGGCAUCUCAUUGAAGUUGAGCCCCAAAAUGGUGGGAACUAUAUCCUUCUAUCUAAUAUUUAUGCAGCACAUGAGAAGUGGGAUGAUGUUGGAAAGCUGAGGAAGCUGAUGAAAGAUAGGGGAGUAAAUAAAGUGCCGGGAGGGAGUUCUGUUGAAGUUGAUGGCAUGGUCCAUGAAUUUACCUCCAGAGAUGGAUCUCAUCCUUGCUUGGAGAGGAUAUACAGAGUUUUGUAUGAGAUAAAUGGGCACUUAAAAAUGAUUGGUUAUGUUCCAAGGCUUCACGGAGGACUUCUUGAGUUUGAAGAAGGAUAAAAAAACAACCCAAAAUGGAGCUUGGUAUGCAAUUUGGAAAAUGAAAGAAUUUUCACCUUAAACUGAUGCUUUAUUGGGCUAUGGAUAUAAUAAAUGUGUGAUGAUGACAGAUUUGUGUGAAGCAAGAGAUCAAGAGGCUCUGUUGAGAACUAUACAACUUGCAAGAUCAGUCCUCUUGUCAGCAGGGUCUUUGUGCAGGAGUUUAGUUCCUGCAAUUAUGCACUUCAAUUCAGAAGUGCAAGUUUCUGUUGGCCUCAAAUAUAUAUUGGGGCAACAAGAGACCAAGUGAACGUUCAUUCAACUCAGAUUCCAUUUGCUACAUCAAUAUUGAAAACUGAUUCUUCCUAUUUCUCAUCUCCUUCAUCUGCCAUGAGCAAACACAUAAAACAAGUUGCAUCGCAGGACACUCAUGGUAUGCCAAAUAAGGCCAAGAUAAUGGCUUGUCAUGGAACGGACACAGGAUUUAUCCAACUGAACCACACAUUCAUAUAUAACACAAGGUGAAAGGCAAGAGCACCAAUCCAUCAACAAGUUUGACAGGAGCAACAAAACAAAAUACUAUAUGCUGUAUAAUGGCAGGUGUUGAAGGCAGAUACUUCUCACCCUUGUAGCAAAACCUAAGGAACAAAUAGUUUCACACAAAUCUUCUUCUUUGGGACUGACAUGAACAAGCAUCAAAGUUUUCGAGUCAGACCCUGUAACCAUGAGAACAUGAGGUACACCAAGUGAAGUCAAUGUCAUGCGUAUCAGGCUGUCCUGAGCAGAGAACAUCAAUUUCUGUGAUUUGGAGAUAGCUCUCAUCAUUCGCAGUGCUACAGAAGGCGAACAAGUAAUUACCAGUGAGAUCUGCUUGAUGUGGAAUUAGCCAGGGUUCUCAAUCUCGAUGCCACCAUUUGGGUUCAUUUGGAUCGAAAGUCUGUGAGCAGAUAUUGACAAGUGAUAGCAGCAUCAAUUGUUGCUAAACAUUCUUAUAUAUCAUUAUAGCUAAGUCUUGUCUCAUGACUGCAGCAUUCUGAGGCCAUUAUUGUCUCAAACAUAAGGCAUCUAAUUGGCAUUGAUAUGCAUGGGCU